AUGCCCAGCCCCGGCUGCAGCGGCUGCAGCAGCGGCCGGAACAAUCCUCGUGCUCCUCCUCCACAAUCCCGCCCAGACCAAGCCAGCCGCUCCGGUUCCCGGCGUGGCUGUCCACUGGAGACGGUUAUGACGCUCGGUCGCGGUCGCCAGGGGAGCGGCGGCAUCGACUCUGAGCAAGCCACUCUUGCACUAGUUUUUGCGCGCAGCCAGAACCACGCCGGCACUACGCGGGUCCAUACGGCUUCUGAUCCGGACGGAAGAGGAGGUAGGUUGCGCGAAAUGCAGAGGAACCCUCCACUGCGCAUUCCCUCCACAGCCGCGUGA